UCCACACUCUUAAUAUAAGUCAUUAUUUGAGUUUUUGAACAAAAAAAGACUCAGUUUUACUCAUUCUAAGGUACUGACAAUUUAGGAGAACGCAUCGAAUCUGCUAGAUUCGUUUAAGAUUGGAGAAGUGUGUGGACGUGGCAGAUCCUCUACAGUAUAUGAAGCAACGCACUUGAAAACGCAACGCAGUCUAGUUGUUAAGGUGCUUGUUGAAGGAAGGGAGAGAGCAGAUGUCGAAAGGGAGGUUGCGAUACUGUCUAUGCUGCAUCACACAAACAUGCCUCGUCUCAAAGGGAUCUUCGUAUUAGGCAAUCAGUACUGCAUUGCUAUGAAAAGAAUGACUGGUGUUCCCAUCUCCGUUUAUGUGGAUGAAUUUGAACACGGUAAUGGUGAAGAUGGACCUCUUGAGGCUCUCAUGCAACGUCUCUCUGCGGACAUUCUAUCCGCUAUUUCCUACCUACAUACAAGGAGCAUUCCGGCAAAUCUCCUUGUUUCUGAUCGAGUAUCGUUGAUAGAUUUCGGCUGCGCUCGUUUCGUCGAUGCACCCGAUUUAGACUGGGGUGAUGGAGAUAAAAGCUACUCGGCCCCUGAACGCAUAGCUGGUAAACGUCCUUCCACAAAAUCGGAUAUCUGGUAAGA